CGAUAGCAUACGGUAGUACUGGACAGCGAUGGUGAGAACAUUCUGGGGUAUCUUACACAACUACAACCAUGGUAAAGCUAUUUGUAUACAAUGUACCCAAUAAAGCACCAUGAUGCUCUUUGAAAUGCCUGACACUCACUACAGUGCCUGGGCCAGUGCCUGGAUGUCUGGAUGUCUGAUGUUCGGCAAAUAAUGUCUAGGCUUAAACCGUGCUAGCCGCAACCGUCAGCACCGAGGCUCAACUGCGCCCGUCAUCUCCAAAAACACCCUUUCUCAGAUAUACGCUUAAAGAAUCCAGCACGACAACAACGAAUAUAACAACUCUACCACUGCCACUUUCUGUCAAGAUGACUCGAAGUUACGUGUCAUUUCAGUCGAUCCCGUAUCGUCUGCCUUCUUUUACCCAAACAAUCUUUGUACCAGGCUGAAGCAACAAUGUCCGCGAUCAGCUACACCAAUGGAGCAUCGCUAUUCACGCGGACUAUCAUUCGAAGCCAAACAUGCCUGACUCGGACGACCUGUGCCGUUCAGGUUGUGCAAAAGAGACAACCAUGGCAGCAACUACGUUUCAGCUCGCAUGCCCCUUCGGCGCCCUCGCUUCUGGCUCGCGGCCAAAAGCCCGUCACAAUUCAAACCCUGCAAAAGAUGUACGCGGAGAAAACACCCAUAACCAUGUUGACGGCACAUAAUUUUCCUUCGGCAUUGAUGGCACAAGAGGCCGGGAUGGACAUAAUCCUGGUCGGAGAUUCCCUGGCAAUGGUGUCUCUGGGCAUGGCCGACACGUCUGAGGUCACGCUCGAGGAGAUGAUCAUGUCCGCUCGAGCAGUCAGCCGCGCAGUCACACGGUCUUUCACCAUUGGAGAUCUACCAAUGGGCUCCUACGAGAUCAGCCCUGAACAGGCUCUCGCCAGUGCAAUCCGGAUGGUCAAGGAAGGUCGAGUGCAGAGUGUCAAGCUCGAGGGCGGGGCUGAGAUGGGACCCGCAAUCAAAAAGAUCACAACCGCAGGUAUCCCAGUAUGUGCCCAUAUUGGCCUGACCCCGCAACGGCAGCAUGCUCUUGGUGGAUUUCGUGUGCAGGGGAAUACGCUUGACAAAGCGAUGUCUCUGCUCAAGGAUGCCAGAGCAGUGGAGGAGGCUGGGGCGUUUGCCGUCGUCCUGGAAUGCGUGCCUCCUGAUAUUGCCGGAGAGGUGACUAAUGCUCUUGGGAUACCUACCAUUGGGAUUGGUGCAGGAAACCCGACUAGUGGCCAGGUUCUGGUACAAAUCGACAUGCUCGGAGUCCGACCACCAGACUCGUUUAUGCCCAAGUUCGUCAAGAAGUACGGUUCAAUAUGGGACGAUGGCGUUGCUGCUAUCAAGCAGUACAGGGAUGAAGUAACCGACCGAAGUUACCCUGGUCCCCAGCAUGUGUACAAGGGAGACGCAAAGAUAACAGAAGCAUUCAGGGCUGCCAUCCGGUCAAGCAAGACGUAGGGUUGGCAGCGAGCGGCGAUGCUUGUUGUUGUUGGGUUCGUGUUCAUGUAUGAUAUGUGGGACCAGACCCUGGACCGUGGUUUGGGAUGGUUCAACCAAAAGCUGGCGUGGUAGAAUAGCUAACGAUCAGUUGAUCGUCCGUUUUAAAACACUAAAAAGCAAAUCGAACAACAGGUUAGCAAACUCCAUAGGUACUUUCAAUGCAUUAAUCAGACUGUACCCUGAAAAGAUUCCCC